UGGCAUCAAAACCCCAAGUCGGAGACAAGUCAAUUUCUUUUUGGUAAAACCAUUCACUCAUAAAUUACAGUCUCACUUUUUUUUCUUCCGAUCUGAAGAAAAAAAUCUCAGAGCAAAAUCUUUUCGUCUGUUUCUUUUUUUUUUCUUUUUUUUUUUUUGGGGUCAAAUUCCCAGCUGUAAUUUCUCCAUUGCCAGCCAACCAUUUCUUAUGCUUCUUCCGCCGACAAAUUACAGAUCUUUCUUACAGAUAUCGAAAACCCAUUUAAUUUCAGUUAAUUUUCUCGACAAGAUCUCCGAGACCCACUGAUAUUUUUCUACUGGGCCAGAAGUGGGUGGGAACUUAAUUCAUCGAUGCUGUAGUGGUGUAGAAUGAAAGUGAGAUAGUUAGGAUUUUUUUUUUCUUCUUUCUAAUUGUGUGAAGAUGGCCGCGGCGACGGCGGCGGCGGCGGUGGCGGCUAUGGAGGUGGGCGGCGGUGUUGUGGACACGGGUUCGGAUUCGUACAGGGGGAUGUCGUCGGACAAUAUAAAGGGGUUGAUUAUGGCUUUAUCUUCCAGCAUCUUCAUCGGAGCUAGCUUCAUUGUUAAGAAGAAGGGAUUAAAGAAAGCUGGUGCUUCUGGUGUAAGGGCUGGAGUUGGAGGAUAUUCGUAUUUAUACGAGCCGUUAUGGUGGACAGGCAUGAUAACUAUGAUUGUUGGAGAAAUUGCAAAUUUUGCGGCAUAUGCAUUUGCUCCAGCCAUUCUUGUCACCCCUCUCGGUGCACUCAGCAUUAUUAUCAGUGCUGUACUAGCACACAUUAUUCUACAGGAGAAGCUACACAUUUUCGGUAUUCUCGGUUGUGCAUUAUGUGUCGUGGGGUCCACCACAAUCGUCCUACACGCCCCACAAGAACGCGAGAUUGAAUCCGUGAGGGAAGUGUGGGAUCUUGCCACCGAGCCAGCUUUUCUGUUUUACGCAACUUUGGUGGUAGCGAUUGUCCUUGUCCUCAUAUUUCAUUACGUUCCGCAAUAUGGACAGACGCAUAUAUUGUUCUACAUCGGUGUUUGUUCGUUAGUUGGUUCGUUGUCGGUUAUGAGUGUCAAAGCACUAGGAAUCGCAUUGAAGCUGACACUUUCGGGAACUAAUCAGUUAAUAUAUCCUCAGACUUGGGUCUUUGCUAUGGUUGUCACCAUUUGUGUACUCACACAAAUGAACUACCUAAAUAAGGCUCUUGAUACAUUCAACACUGCAGUGGUUUCACCUAUUUACUAUGUCAUGUUCACAUCCUUGACCAUAUUGGCAAGUGUCAUCAUGUUCAAGGAUUGGGACAGGCAGAAUUUAACUCAGAUUGUUACAGAAAUGUGCGGAUUCGUUACUAUUCUUUCCGGAACUUUUCUUCUCCACAAAACGAAAGACAUGGCCGAUGGUCCAAUACCAAUAGGCAUGAUGAAGCUUCCGAAACAUGCUGACGAGGACAGCUUCGGUCAAGAAGGUAUCCCUCUAAGACGGCAUGGAGACGAAGAAGAAGGAUUCGUUCAAGACGGUAUUCCUCUAAGAAGACAGGAAUCUUCUAGAAUAUUACCGUGAUAUUUUUUUCCGGGGCCCGCAUUUAUGUGAUAUUUUGUAUUUAUCCCAACACAACACACAAUUUAUUGGAGGGAGAGGGGAGAAUGUAUUUUUACUUUUUUUGGAUUUUCCCUUUUUACCCCUUAUGUAAUACAAAGAUGGUAUCAACAGAGAAGUAGAUUUUUUUCCACCUGGGAUUA